AUGGCACGGAAAUGCGCCGAGGAUUCGCCAAGGAAUCCCCCUGUAAGCCCUGACGAGCAGUAUCUGGAGACGUUGAUCCACUGGGACGUGAACUGCGAUGGCUGCGGUAGCUCCCGGCUGAUCCACUACCGCUACAAGUGCCUGCGCUGCCCGGACUACGAUCUGUGCGCCGACUGCCACGAGAACGGGGUCACCACUGGACAGCACGAGCAGGAUCACCCGUUCCAGUGCCUCCUGGACCGCGCCGCCCGCGAGCUUUUCUUUGCCGGCGAGCAGACGCCGGAUCUAUGCGCCGAUAGCUACACAUGCCCACUGUGCGGCGGCAUGGGCAUGUCCGCCGGAGAACUGAUGAGGCACUGCCAGAUGGAGCACCGCCUGGUGCGCCUCUCCGUCAUUUGUCCGCUCUGCGUGGCUGUUCCGGCCUCGCAUCCCAACAGGGUCAACAACAUUACCACCCACUUGAUCCUUUGGCAUCCAGCGAGCCCUUUGAGGGUUCCCGGCUCCCCUUCUUCUUCCUUCGCAGAACCCCACUCCGAAUUCCUAUGGCCCCAGCAGGGUCUGGAGUUUACGGCCACGGAGCCAUCUACUGGAUUUGGAGUGGCCACCCAUCACACCCUGCCAUCCGCCCAAAUGCCACAGGUGCGCUUCCUUCUGCCCAGGGGCACGCCCCCCUUGGCUCCUUCCGAGGACUUUAGCGACGAUGAGAUCGUCGAGAUGUGA